CCUCCUCUUUAAAUCUCUUCCUAUCAACGCCACGCCAAUCCAUGUACAGGAGGGCAAGCUCUUAGUCCCUCUUCCUCCUCCUGCUUCUCCUCUCCCCUUCUUGUUCUUGCUCGUCUGCCAUGAGAGUAGGACCAUUUCUACUAGGAUGGCUGCUCGCCAUCCUAGUGAGUUCGGCCCAUUGUUCUCAACAAGUCGCGCCCGCGAUCGUCGUCGGGCUCGCCGAGUGCUCAGACUGCUUGGAGAACAAGAUACAGCCGGCUCAUGCAUUCACAGGUCUUACCGUGAACAUCGACUGUAAGAACGAGAAGGGAGAGCUAAGCACCAGAGCGCAGGGCCACUUCGACAAGGACGGCAAGUUCACCGUCGACCUCCCAAAGGAGCUCCUGAAGCCAAAAGGCUCAAGCCUGAACCAGGAGUGCUUCGCUCGCAUCCAGGGCGCUGACAACAAGCCAUGCCCUUCAGCAGCCAGCCCAGAGUCCCACAAGCUCAUCUACAAGGCGCUUGAGAAUGGCAAGCACACCUUCAUCACUAAGGGCAACCUUGCCUUCUCCCCACUCAUCUGCACAUCUGCCACCUUCUGGUGCAUGCACCCUUGGUUCAAGAACCACCCAUGGUGCCAAUCCCCCUGGUUCAACAAGCCCCCAUUGCCUCAGUUCCCACCCUUCCCCACCUUCCCUCCCAAAACCUACUUCCCUUUUCCUCCUAAGGUCUACUACCCUCCACCAACUGAAACUCCUCCUACCCCUCCUGUCUAUGAGACUCCCCCAACUCCAACUCCUGUCUACACGCCCCCAACUCCAACUCCUGUCUACAAGCCCCCAACUCCUGUCUACAAGCCUCCAACUCCAGUAUACAAGCCCCCAACUCCUGUUUACAAGCCUCCCACUCCAGUAUACAAGCCCCCAACUCCAGUAUACAAGCCCCCAACUCCUGUUUACAAACCUCCCACUCCAGUAUACAAGCCCCCAACUCCAGUAUACAAGCCCCCAACACCUGUUUACAAGCCCCCAACUCCUGUUUACAAGCCUCCUACUCCAGUAUAUAAGCCCCCAACUCCUGUUUACAAGCCUCCUACUCCUGUCUACAAGCCUCCUACUCCUGUCUACAAGCCUCCUGUUUACAAGCCUCCUGUUCACAAGCCUCCUGUUUACAAGCCCCCAACUCCUGUUUACAAGCCUCCCACUCCAGUGUACAAGCCACCUGUGUAUGUGAAGCCCCCUACUCCAGUUUACAAGCCACCAACAUACAAGAAGCCAUGCCCUCCUGUCUUCAACAAGCCAUUCCCACCCAUCCCUCACUUCCCUCCCAAGAUCAUCAUCCCACCUCCUGUGUAUGGGACACCUGUGCCAAUCAUCCCACACUUCCCACCAAAGCCUUGGUAUCCACCAUAUCAUGGCUCCCACCCAAUGCCACCCUAUUCAGAGGAGAAACAUCAGUGAGCAAGCGCUAGCAUUUACUGGGUCUGUUUAUUUAGUGAGUAAUUUUCAUGGGUGUUGAGUGUUUUGGUUUGCUUCUUUAUUGAUUGUCAUUAUAAAGUCCAUAUAUAGCUCGCUCUAUGUGCUGUGUGAGUGCAAUUUCCAGAGGCAUUUCAAACUGCUGCUUCUGCUGCCAAUUUGUAAUUCCUUUGUUUCAAUGUGUUCCAUCAAUGAUCCCUUGUAUCAUUUGAAGUUAAAUAUGGAAAUAAGCAAUUUGCGUC